UGAAACCAAUUCCACACGCAAAUGGGGAAAAAUUUUCGGGCUCUCUUCUCGACUUCUUUCCCGUCCUCGAACUCUUCUCCAUACCGAUCUCUCUCUCUCUUCGAACUCUCCUCCGCCGUUCCGGCGAGCCCUUUCCCACAAUCAAAUUCGCCGCCGGAGCUCAGUCUCGCUCUCGUUUCUCUCCCUGCUCCGACAACUCCAGGCUGUUCUUCCUCCCCAGUGGCCGACCUGAUUUUCACGGGAAAUUCAAAUUUUCUGGGAAACAAUUUCUCAGCUCGCAAACUGCCCUCAACCUCGACGCGAAGUGCUGGAAUUGCAACGCCGCGGCUGAGGCGGCGCCGUUUCUCGUCUGCUUGUCUUGUCGCUGCAUUUAGCCUGUGGAUCAGUUGGUCGAUUACUUCCAAAUAUUUGGGAUUUUCUUCUUUUGAAAUUCUAGGAGACGACACAAGCACUUUUCAAUCGCGUUUAGCUUGAAGAAAUCAAAGAAAUAAAUAUCUUACAAGUUCUUUGUGAAAGAGGGCCCUUUUGAGGAAUUUUACUAUCGAAACAGUUUGAUGCGAAGCUAACUCCGAUAUUCAACCAGGGUUUCAGCAUUCCAAUUCCAAUUUCAAUCUCAAGUUCUCUAGUUGAUGAGUAAACAGGGUAAUUUCGUAACUUUCUUUGUGUCUCUAUUGAUAAAUCACUUGUUUAUUCAAACUCCAAUUUCACCUGCAUCUUUAAGAAGCUUAAUAUGGCUUCAAUACUGAUGCUAAUUGCUUCCCAUGAAGCAGAAAACCAAACCGAACUCUCUCUCAGACAAGCCUUUGAGCUUCUUCAGCCAAAGCUGAAACCCCCCUUUUCAUUAGCAAUCCCAAACCCAGAAGAGUACUCGCAGCUCAACCAUGCUAUCCUUUACGGGAUUUUGUGUGAACCCCAUUUGGCCAAAACCCACAUUAAGCACCUUCAUGCCAUUGUCACUGAUGGGUAUUGCUCUUUUAUUGAUUUGCUAAUCAAGGUUGUUGACGGGCUGUAUGUGAAACUUCUUGACUCGGUGAAAAGACAGUUGAUUUGGGUUUCUAAAGAAAUGAUUGAUGUUUCUGCAGUAGGUUUGGGUAAUUUGUUGGUUUGUUUGUUGAGGCAGAUUGUUGGUGGAGAUUUUAGUGAUAGCAACCUAUGGUUGUGUUCUGAGGUGUUGAACAUCUUUUCGACCAAAUGGGGUUGUCUAUUAGAAGAGGAACCUAUGAUUUUAGCGAGUGCUUUGUAUACUUACCUUCGCUUGUUAGCUGAUCACUGUAGAUCAAUUCAUAAUCACAACACAAAAUUAGAGGCAUUAAAGCGUUUGGAGAUUGAGUUUUGUGUUAGAGUAUUGAAGGAAGAGUUCCAUUUGUGUCUUAAAAUUGGGAGGGAUCUGGUUCGAUUACUACAGGAUUUGGUUCAUGUACCCGAGUUUAGAGCUAUAUGGAAGGAUUUGAUACUAAACCCUGGUAAUUUCAAGACUCCAGGAUUUUCGGAUAUUUCACAGCUUUACUGCACCAGGACACCAAGUAGUUUUUUUUCACUUCAAAUUACUCCGGAAAUGGAGGCCCAGUUGAGAUUUCUACUUACACAUGUGAAGUUGGGGAGCCAGAAACGUCAUCAGUCAUGGUUUACUAAGAAGUUUCUAUGUGGGCCGGAGAGAGAAACUCUGAUAAUUGACAUUGUUCGGUUUAUAUGUUGUGCACACCACCCACCUAAUGAAAUCAUUCGGUCUGAAGUUAUUCCAAGGUGGGCUGUAAUAGGUUGGCUGCUUAAAUCUUGCACACAGAAUCAUGUUGAAGCCAAUGUGAAGCUUGCCCUGUUCUAUGAUUGGCUCUUCUUUAAUGACAAACUAGACAAUAUCAUGAAUCUUGAGCCUGCAAUUUUGCUGAUGGUAAACUCUAUACCUAGAUACAUUGACAUGACUCACACUCUUCUUGAUUUUUUGUUCCUUCUCGUGGACAACUACGAUGUGGAUCGGAAUGAUCUCAUAGUUAAAGGCGUCUCAUCGUCAUUUAGCAUGCUUGUAAAGCAAGGAGUAAUUCACUCAUUAGAUGUGUUGACGUCUUGUGAUGUGCUUUUCCCUUUCCUAAGAGAGAGACUUCUGAGUUUGUUCUCUGAUAGGAAAGUAAAGGUUUAUAAAGACCUGGAUUCGCCUCAAAGUCCGCAGCCUUUGGGAUUGCAGCAUUGUUCUGGGGUGUGAACUCAAGUGGCAUCACCAAAAGGACAAACUAUAGGUACGGGAGAAAUUAGAUUUGAACUUUUUGGUGCUUCUGUUUUGAUUUCAGAUAAGACAGCUGCUUCUGCUUGUUCAUGAGGAGUGACAUGCGAAAGAGCUAUAGAAAUUUUUGCGUCUGAAUUGUAGUAUGUAUAUUUUAGUGCUUCUAAUUAUGUUUGUUUGUGUCCUUGAAUGAAUUGUAACAAGAGCUACUGCUGCUUCUGUAAAUUUAUACAUACUGCUAAGAACUUCUUACGCAAAAGGGCAAAAUAAUAAAUAAAAAAUCCACCAACAGAGGCUGGAUAGCGGGAUCAAAAUCACCCAAAUUUGGAAGCCUGGGAGGUCGGAUGCUUACUGAUGCUUGACAAAAUUGACCUUGAUCACAUUGUUUCAUGGUGUCCUAAGA